GCUGAUACAUCAGCUACGUUCAUCCCGAUUAGAUAAACGACUAUCACUAUGAGUUCAAAAAAAAAAGCUGCUAACGUCGACUCGGAGACGGCGGAGGAUUCAGUUUUGAUUUAAAAAUCAAAACGGAUCAUGCGCCCGACGGCCACGCGUUCAAAUCGAUCGUCCGUACAUCAUCUCAAGUCAUCCCCGAUCCCAAGCCCAUCGACAACGUCGUCCGUUUAUCAUCAUCAUCAGCAGCAGCAGCAGCAACAACAACAAAUUCUGUAUGCUCCCGUCAGUAACCCAAUGGUGACUCUCCAACCGUGUGGAACAGCGCUUCAUCCUUCGUGUGUUUAUCCGAGCGUUCAGUCUCACGUUGUUUCACCGAGUUCCGCCCAUUUACAUCUUCAAGGUAAGAAUAAUCGAUGGCACGUCAAGAACAAGCCGUCCCGCGGUCAGCAAUACUAUCAACAGCAGCAACAGCAACUCUCGUACAACCCAAAACCCGUGGUACUCUUCGACCAACCGUCCACCAACGUUACAUCGAUCCCCCCGUCAACCACAUCCUUCUUAGUAGCCUCAUCCACGUUUACUCACGCUGGACCGUUGCACGGCGAGCAUUACAGUAACAAUUCCGGAGUGACGCAUCUGUUACCGCAGCCCCUCAAUUUCAAGCCGCCGGAUGUGCAGACUCUCUGCCUUAUUCAAGACCGACAGAACAUCCAGCAACAGCAUCAGCAGCAGCAGCAGCAGCAGCAGCAGCAACAUCCGCAGAUGCAGAGUUCGUACUACAACAUCUCGGCCACAAAUACUUGCAGCCUGCAAACCGUCAACGCCAACUCGUCCUUUCCGCUUGCCAGCCUAGCUAGCUUCAACAACAGUCAAUUCCCAGUAACGGUGCAGUCCUCUCCACUCUUCUCGAAUCCGCCCGUUGGCUUAGUGCUUGCACCACCGCGAGGAGACAAGCCUUCGUUAGAUUUCACUUCGCUCAAGCAUAACGCGGACAAGAUAUCGAGCGCUUGCGAGUCUCAGGUCCUUCCAAUCGGUCACAGCGAGAACGGCUGGCCUGCCCAGAUCGAGACGUUCGCCAAAAACGACGCGCAAACCAACGUCGCAGGAAACAGUAGGAGCCUCGAGUCUGCCGAGCGCGCUUUGCAGAAGUCUCUUUCGGUCGUCGCGAAAACGGACGAGGAGCAUUACUCUGACGAAUCCUCGGCCAGCUUUGACUUUACCAUCGAGGCCGAGAAGAUGGUCUCCGCUCUGUGUAACACCACGUCGUCGAACGAUUUGGGCAAGGAGGAAUCGAAGCCCGGCAACAAGGCUGAUUCCACGACGUUGUUCAGCGGCGCGGGCGACAAUGUGUCGAACAAGGCGAGCUGGUUCAUCGAUUUCUGCUCCGAGUACGAGAACAGAGCGUCGAUAGGCGUUCAAACGGACGGUCCGUGUGCCGAUAGAUCGCAGUAUCCGGAGUUGAUUCGAAAGACAGCUUACUGGGGAUGCACGCAGGCUGAGAGCGUUCUCGAUUUCGACGGUUCGCAAACGGACUCUAAACGGAACUGGUUGACGUGUCUGUCGUCCGCUACCAGGACGGCGAUUACAAAAUCCUCGACUUGCAUCCCGGUCUUCGCGGGCGACCGCGUCUUCGCCGACGAUCUCGUGAACGCUCUCCUGCGCAUCAGCAACGGAUGGCUGAGUCUCGAUAACUAUCUGAACAAGCAACAUUUUCCCAACUUAUUGGACAGACUGGAUCCCGAGUUGAUCGCGCGCUUCCAGACGUGGGAAGAGAGCACGUGCGAAUUGCUGAAGCAAAUAGUGCGGACCUUCCAGAAGUUCGGAGAAAACAAGGAGGUGACGGAUCAGAAACGCAACGCGACGUCGUCGUUCCCAGGCGACGUGUCGCUUUACACGACCUACGAUCUCUUCGUUCCGCUGCCUUCGAACUCUUUUUCUGAACAAAGUGCGACUGGAAAAAACUCUUCGCUGGAGAAACCGCGCAGCGAGACGUCGGCGUCGCUACCGACGAGCGGUCUGCAUAAUUUUCAAUACAAUUCCAGCUGUCAGCAGGACCAACAAUCGACGAAUUCGAAAGAGAGCAAAUUGCGGAGCAAGUGGACGAUUACCGAGAAUUUGUCGUCCGUGAUUAACACCACGAAGUCCGUGCCGAAUGUCUCCGUGUCUCGCACCAUCGACGUCGGUGGUCUGGCAAGUCAUAAACUUCGCACGAAAGACACGCCGUUCAAGAAAUUCGAUUUCACUCAGAAAUCGUUGAACGCCGAAUUCUGCCAGCUGAGAAACAAAGUGAUGGAAAGCAGCGGAGACGUGACGAAGGAUAGAAGGCACGAUCACACGGAUGAUAAGCUUACGUUGCUCGAUAACGCCGAGUCCGUUCGGCUGCAGCAUCCAGCGGUGAACGCACCUAUGAGCUACAGCGGACUGUAUGCGCGGAACUGUUUAUCCUUCACGUUUCCUUUACCCGGCCACUCGGACUCUUCGUAUCCCACAUCCGGUCCGGGAGUCCCAGUAUACAGCGUCAGUUAUCCCUCUUCGGGAUCCUAUCCUAGUACCGAUAUCAAUUCGAGAAGCGGCAGGAACAACGAACAAAUUUACGGAGCUAAAAGCGCGAACAUCAAUCCGGUUUACGUCGGCAGAUCGCAAACUGAUCAACUGGAACUCCCGGCUGUGCCUAGAAAUAAGAUGACCCUGCUCAGUCAGAUCGAGCCGCGGACGUUCGACAAGGAGUCCGAGGAAAUGGCGGCCAAUUUGUCGGCCUGGUUCGCCAGCAUGCGAAACUCGCAGCCCCCGGCGGUCGCGUCGACUUUCGAGGAGCCGAGGACGAGCGAGAACUCGGCGCCGCGACUGUUCGUUCAGGAGAUGCCGAAGUACUCGAUGAUCAUAGCCAAGCAACCGCAGAUCGACGCAAAUCGGCAGUUCCAGGCGUUGCAGAAUCUGCCGAAUAUCCAGAGCACACCCUGGGCCGCCGGCAGCUUCGCCGGCAAUCGUUACCACGUGCAACACGCGCCCGAAGAGUACGACAGCUCCGAGGACGUGCGGGUGUACAUGAAACCGGGCAGCUACAACGUGCCGAAGAAGAGACAUCAGAGACGACUCAAUCGUCGAUCGAGCAACAGCACGACGUCUCGCAACGUACACGCGAGCGGUCGUCACAGCGUGUGCGAUAAUAACGGGAAAGGCGUAUCGAUACCGGCGUCAUCGACGCCUCUGUCUCACACGAACGCGACGACCUUGUCCACCAACGUCACCAAUGCCACGCUGAUUAAGACCUCGUUUCCGCCAGCCUCGCAGUUGCCCGUGCCUCUGUUCAACCUCGAGAGCUCACCUAGGAUCCUGAAACGCACGGAAUCUCUGUCGCAGGACGCUCGUCAGGACGUCACCUGGAAGGCGGCGUGCGCCUCGGCUGAGAUACUUCUCGAGGCCCUUAACGUGAAAGACUGCGGUAACACGUUCAAGAACGUCGAGUGCAACGACAGUAGCAGCGAGAAGGAAGACAAGAACGAAGAACAUGCUGAGGCGUUAGCAAUCACGUCGCAGCAGAGCGACCUGAAGCACGAUAACGUCGACUGCGCGUCUUCCUACGAAGCCUCGGAGGAUGACUCGGGGUCCACGUGCAGAUUAUCGCCCAGCACGAGCGUAGUAUCGGUGUCCCAGUCGCGCGAGGAUGAGAAUUCAUGUUCAAUAGCUCUCGGCAUCAAGACCAACGUGAAAACGGAUUCCUGGCUGAUCAGGACACUCAGUAACGCGAGUACCGUCGGCAAGCAGAAGCGACGUAAGGACGACGUGGAUCAACGUAGUUCGGGGUCCUCGAACAGCUCGGGAAUUGACGUGAAACCGGAUCAGCUCGUGUCGCCGUUAACCGCGAAUUUAGAUAUAAAGACGCGCGCGACGAUCGUCGACAGCGAAUACCCAGCGAUCUUCUCUCGCGAGCACGUUUCCGGUUCUUUCGCGAAGAGCGACGAUACGCCGACGAAAGAAUUGGAAAGCCACGUCGGUAGAGCCACGUAUUCCGAAACGGUGCGAAGAUCCAUGAAAACGAGCAGCCUACACCUGGAAAAGAAAGAGCCGCUCAAGUCGUGCGCGACCGACUCGUCGGUGACCACCGUAAUACCGAUUCCUGGCCGCAAGUGCCAGAGGAAAGACCCCGAGCAAUCCUAUCAACUUCUACACAAGUCACGAAGAUCGGCCGACAAGAAAACGGUGAAAAAUGCGGACGAUCUCCAAUCGGAGGAGGGAUCGUGCAGGAAAGUCGGCGCUGUCAAGGUGAACAAUAUAACGCCGAAAUUGUCAACUACCACGAAAACGAGCCACGGCAAGAAGAAGGACUUGGAACACUUGGAAGGCAAGUGCGCCAGUAAAUCGGGCGAUCAGCGCGGCUGGUCGGUGUGGUGCGGCUCCAGGAGAAAACAGAGCCUCAACUCUCUGGCGUUCAACAAGCUGGAGAUGAUUCAUCGUACUAUCUGGCAGAUGAACGAGGCGAGAAUCAUCAAAUACGCACCCUCGUACGAUAAUAAGGACGGCCAGUCUUCGUCCACAUUAAUAAUGGAAGAUUACUGCAAGGUCGUCAAGAGCCCGAUGUUUCUCGAGAUCAUCGAGUAUAAGCUGAAGAAUCGGAUUUACCAUAAAGUCGAACACGCCGUAAAAGAUUUCCGUCGCAUUAUUAACAACGCGAGAUUAUAUCAUCAGCACGACAACGAGCGAACGAGGAAGAUUGAGGUGCUCUCGAAGAAAUUGGAGGAUUUACUCGAGGAACAUUUCGGCAAUUUGGACUUUGACAAUAUUACCGGCAGUCCGAGAGAUGACUCGUUAACGCAGCUGCGGCUCAAGACAUCCGGAUAGAAAUCGAUCGCGGGACGCUACGAUAGCACGAGGAAAAGUAUUUCCCACAUCGAUCAUCGCGGAGGAUUCUUCGCUCUACUGACCGUCGCUUCUCGUCGAAACAAAAAAACUCCAAAUCAAACUAUUGCAACGGAACUAACUAGCGAGAUUAACAUUCUUUACAGGAUAUUGUACGUGUAAUAAUGUCUUCUAGUCACGAGAUGAUUUUCUACUGGUUAAUGAUGUCGUAGGUGGUUUCUUUCUUUCAUUCUCGCAAAAAAAAUCGGUAUCGCUGUCCGAUAACAUAAACCGCUUGUUGAAUUUUUUUUUUCUGUCUCCGGAUGAUUAUAUUAAACUCUAUGAAAAAUGCGCGUGUGUGCUCCGUCUGCUGCAGCAAUUUCCCAAUUUCAUAGCGAUAUCUUAGUGAGAAAAGAAAAACUGUAUUAAACGCGAUCAUCGGACAAUAUAUCGAAUUUAUUUUUGUAUGAAAAGGAAAGUAAUAUGCGCGAUAUAUAGCGAAGUAUCGACGAUAUAAUGUAAUUUCCACGUUCAUUGUUAUGGCUAUUACUUAAUGAAACAAUUUGAUCUUUUAACUUCGAUGCUCCUCGUCGAGGUAUCGUUAGAUCAGAGUGAUAUCAAUCGUGAAAUAUAUUACGUUGACCAAUCUAAAUACUACUGUUUCGUUUCUAACAAUAGGUCUUAUAGCUGUUUGCGGCCUAGCGCGUAAGUAAAAUGAAUGUAAAAAUUGAAAGUAUUAUACUGCAGAUUUUAUUUCACGAAGCCCGACACGCGCUGUCUCGAGAUGUCGUGGAGAUUCAAAGAACGAAGCUGAAAACGCAAUUAAGAUACGGAACUGAAAUUUAUAACUUAUAAUAUAUAUUAUAAAUGCGGAGUUAAAAUUGCGUAUUAUAUGAAGUAUAACUAUAGGAAGUUGAAAUACAUAUUAUUACGCACGGA